UUUUUUUAUCUUUCAGAUUAAUCCUCAUGGGGGCUUUCCAUGUCUAGGGGGCUAGUGAAUGUGAAACACUUGAGGAAUGGCAAAUGAUGAGCAGAGGGAGGAAGAGGAGGUCCUAGAAUCAAUUUAUGAAGCAGACACUUGCUACAAAAAACUAUCAGAAACAGGACAUCAGUAUCAGUUUGGGGAUGAAGGUCAUGGCAAAUCAGUCCUCCUCCAGAUUACAUGGACUCCUCAAUAUCCACACGAAGCCCCAGAAGUCUCACUGAAUGCUUUCUUCAACAGGCACCUACUGCCAAAAGUGAAGGAGAAGAUCAUCCAAGAGUUAAAGCAGCAAGCUGAAGAGAAUUUGGGAAUGGCCAUGACAUACACUUUGUUUGAGUGGUUUCGGGAAAAUCAAGAAUCUCUCUUGGUUGAUCAGUCAGAUUCCAUCUCAGACUCUGCCCCAGAAGUGGUUCUGACUGGUGCCAUUGAUGAGCUCUCUCUGGACAAUCAGCCAAAUCGAGAUGAGAAGCCUGGGAAGAACCAGAUGACCAAGGCUCAAAAGCGGAAGUUGUACGAUCGUCUUGAUCGAGGGGAAUUGCCACGUGGGUGGAACUGGGUUGAUGUGGUGAAGCAUCUCAGUCAGAUGGGGUCUAAGUCCCAGCCAGGACAGUCUGACUCAUGACUUCCUCUUCUGUGAUCAUUUUGUAUUUUUUGGAAGUCAUUGAAGAAAAUAUCAGUAAUAUUUA